AUUUAUUUGGCGGGAAGCAGCCGGAAGUAGCUGAAACCAGCUGCUGGGACGAGAGGAGGCAGGAUGAAGAUUUAUUUCUGUGGUAGCAUCCGCGGUGGCAGAGAGGACGUGCACGUGUACCAGAAGAUCACGCACAAGCUGAAGGACUACGGGAGCGUACUAACCGAGCACGUGAGCGACCCGGAGCUGAGCGAUACAGGAGAGGACGGGACCGUGGAGGGAGACCGAGCCAUCCAUGACCGAGAUGUGGACUGGCUGCAACAAUCUGACGUAAUCGUUGCCGAGGUCACGCAGCCAUCUCUGGGGGUUGGCUACGAGCUGGGUCGAGCCGUUGACAUGAAAAAGAAGAUUUUGUGUCUGUUCAGGCCAUCGUCAAGACGCACGCUGUCGGCCAUGAUUCGAGGAGCUGCAGAUGGUGAGCGUUUUGUGGUGAGAGACUACAGUGAAGACCAGGUUGAGCAAGUUCUGGAUGAAUUCUUCAGCAGACCUGGGAUCUGAGAUGCAACCAGUCAGAUGGCAGUGUCACUCCGCCCACCAACAUUAUCAUGGCAACCAGCAUACAUCUGGCCAGGAGAAGCUUUAGCUUUACUGUAAAAGGUCAACCCCAUUUGCUGUUCCAACAAAUCAACUUGUAGUGAAAACUUUGACACAAACAUCUUAGGUCUGUUCUUGCUGUGUCUUGUUUCUAAUUCCAUGCUGUCGUUCUUUUUUAAAACAAACGGUUUCGUUACCUGUUUUUCGCUACGUUUCGUCUGCGGCUGCAGACUUCCUCAGGCUGACGCUGAUGAUGAUUGACCAUCAGCGUCAGCCUGAGGAAGUCUGCAGCCGCAGACGAAACGUAGCGAAAAAACCGGUAACGAAACCGUUUCUGUGUUUUUAGAAAAAGAACGACAGCAUGGAAUUAGACCCAAACAAAUCAGUAAACCUGCAAAUGAUGUAUUCAAGUUCUGACUGUCCUGGUUCUGGGGAAAUUGACUUGUUCUUGUUCUAGAUUCAACGAAAACAUAGAAAUUGUUUCUAAUUGUUGUUGUGAUAAAAUCAAGCCAAAAGUAGAAUGUAAAGUAAUAUGUUCCUUGUAGUUGAAUAAAGACAUCUUGGGUGGUCAA